AAAAAAACAAAGAGAUGGAGUGUUUAAUAGUUGAUCCUUAAAAUAAAAAAGAAAUUAAUGUGGAAAAAAGGUCAAAAGAUAUAGGGGUUUAUGCUUUCCCUAAUUAUUUGGAAGCUUAAACCCUAGACCCCAAAAUCUCCAGCUGCCACUUUUUACUGAUACAUUUUCUCUCCGGCGUAAAAUCCUUUCAAUUUUGCCAUUGUUUUUCUAGCAUCGUCAUGUACAGGGUUACCGCCGCUGCUGUUGUUUCAUCAAUAAGGUCCUCUGCUACGAGAAAUCUGCUACGUAGUGGGGCUAUCCAUAGCAGAAACUACGCUGCCAAGGAUAUUUGUUUCGGUGAUGGAGCUCGGGCAGCGAUGCUUGCUGGAGUUAAUGAACUCGCGGAAGCUGUAAAAGCGACGAUGGGGCCGAAGGGUCGCAAUGUAAUUAUUGAGAAACAAGGAAAUCCCAAGGUUACAAAGGAUGGUGUCACGGUAGCCAGCAGCAUUGAGUUUUCAGAUAAUGCCAAAAAUCUUGGAGCAAAUCUUGUGAAGCAGGUUGCGAAAGCAACCAAUAAUGUUGCUGGUGAUGGUACUACUUGUGCGACUGUCCUGGCUCAGGCAAUUUUCAGAGAAGGCUGCAAAUCAGUAGCUGCUGGUGUAAAUGUGAUGGACUUACGUAGGGGUAUAAACAUGGCUGUUGAGGCUGUUAUUGCUGACUUGAAGAGAAGAGCACUCAUGAUUAGUACACCUGAAGAAAUUACACAGGUGGCUACGAUCUCUGCAAAUGGUGAGCGUGAGAUUGGUGAGCUCUUAGCGAGGGCUAUGGAGAAAGUUGGGAAGGAAGGCGUCAUUACUGUCUCUGAUGGGAAUACCAUGGAUAAUGAAUUGGAAGUGGUGGAGGGAAUGAAGCUGACCCGUGGUUACAUAUCUCCUUAUUUUAUUACAGAUUCAAAGACCCGAAAGUGUGAGCUUGAAAAUCCUUUGAUUCUAAUUCAUGAGAAGAAAAUUUCAGACAUAACCGCGCUUGUGAGAGUUUUGGAGCUUGCUGUAAAGAGAAGUCGCCCUUUGCUGAUAGUUGCUGAAGAUGUGGAAAGUGAGGCACUUUCUAUGCUUAUAAUCAACAAACAUCGUGCAGGAUUAAAGGUUUGUGCUGUGAAAGCUCCUGGUUUUGGGGAUAACAAAAGAGCAAAUUUAGAAGAUCUUGCCAUUCUAACUGGAGGGGAGGUCAUUAGCGAAGAACAAGGAAUGAGUCUUAACAAUGUUCAGAUUGAUAUGCUUGGUUCUGCUAAAAAGGUCACAGUAUCUCUUGACGACACUUUAAUUCUACAUGGGGGUGGGGAUAAGAAGUUGAUAGAAGAGAGGUGUGAGCAGUUAAGAACUGCCGUUGAGAAGAGUAGUGCAAUGUUUGAUAAGGAGAAAGCGCAAGAAAGAUUGUCAAAGUUGUCUGGUGGUGUUGCAGUAUUCAAGGUUGGAGGAGCUAGUGAAGCAGAAGUUGGAGAAAGGAAAGAUAGAGUGACUGAUGCUCUCAAUGCAACCAGGGCAGCUGUGGAAGAGGGCAUCAUUCCUGGGGGCGGUGUUGCUAUUUUGUAUGCCACAAGAAUUCUUAAGGACCUGCAAACCAAGAACGAAGACGAAAAAAGAGGAGUCGAAAUAAUAGAGAAUGCUCUUAAGGCACCAACUUUUACCAUUGCCUCAAAUGCUGGCGCUGAUGCGGCACUAGUUCUUGGAAAAUUAUUGGAACAGAAUGAUCCCAAUUUUGGCUAUGAUGCUGCUAAAGGUCAGUAUGUUGACAUGGUGAAAGCUGGAAUUAUAGAUCCCGUAAAAGUUAUUAGAACGGCUUUACAAGAUGCUGCUAGUGUCUCGUUGCUCUUGACCACAACUGAGGCAGCUAUUACCGUUGCCCAAGGAGUGAAGAACCCACUUAAAGACCGCGUGCCAAAUAUGGAUGCUAUGUACUAAAUUUCUGUGCGCGUCUCCUUGCCAGAACACCAAACGGUACCCCAUUCAUUUACCGGUUCAAGCAACCCAAGUCGAGCACUGCUGGGAAAUCACACUUGUUAGAUGGCUUCAUUUCAAUCCUAUGGUGUUUGUCGACCUCUAUAUAUUUCUUCAUUUCUUUUGGGCCCUUGUGGGAGAUGGGGGUGGGGAUGAGGGGGGUCUAAUGUUCACUCCUUGUAGUUAGAUGGAUUUGAAAAACAGCACCUUUGUGUUUUUCAGCAGCAAACUACCACUUCACACACACUAUUGAGAUUUCGGUAUAUUGGAAAAAGGUGCUGCAUAUUAUAUCUGAAUUUCCUUGCUUUAAUUGAAGAGGGAGAAGCAAAAACUAUGUACAUAUUUGCUGCUAACUAUACUACAUAGUUGGUUGUUUAGGAAUUUCAUAGGUCACAGUUUGUGAGGCUGAAGAUUGUGGCUGCAGCCUUGAAAUCAUGGUGAUCUUGAACGUACGACAAACACUCGUCUUCUUCCUUGAUCUCGCCUUUCUCCUCCCUUGAGAUUGUAUUGUUUCUGCAGUUAUACGUACACACUUUGUAUCAGAGAAUGAGACUGAAAUCUGCAGUUACCGUGAGCCUUUUUUUAUGGAAAAGGGUGAAAUUAUACCUUCACCAUUUUUUCA